AUGGUUCCCCAGGCGUCCAAUGAUUUCCUCACCGGAGUCAUGGAGGUGGCCGUAAUGCUUGACCUAAAUCAUCCGAAUCUGGUUCGACUCUGCGGCUGGUGUUUUGAAGACAAAACUCUCUACAUUAUCACUGAACUGGUACAGGGUGAAACCCUACGAGCCUACGUCCAGAAGGCAAAGAAAAAAGACUUGAACAACCUAGGACUGGAGAAAAUAAUAAAGGGCAUCGCGAAUGGUUUGCAGAACCUGGAAGCCCGGAAGUUAGUCCAUCGAGAUUUGGCGGCACGAAAUAUUUUUUUGGACACCGAAAAUAAUCCAAAGGUCAGCUUUGGAAUUUACCUUUCUCCCUGUGUUCCCAUAAUUCUUACGACGCUGUCUGUCACCGUGGUAAUCUUGAAAAAUGCCUGCAUGUUCAAGCAAAAGCGGCAUGAUUUAGAUCUAUUUUUGGGCAUGAGAAGUAUCAUAUUUAAAUUCUUUUCAGCGUUAGCUUCGAGAGUGUGGACCGCUGUGUCUUUCACGAUAUUCCAAAGGCCUUAUUUCCUCGUAAGUAAAACUGAAGGGACAACCUAAAUUCUUCCUGCUAAACAUUGCUCCCUCUCAAUACAGUGAUUCGAGAAGUGUAUUUAAAACACAAAUUUACCCCAGGAAUCCCAGUCAUAAUGGCAUAGAGAGGCCAUUGCUUCGUAGGGUGUCGGAAGAUAUGAGCUACAGAGGCGUCGAUGGGACGUAGAGGUAGGCUAAUCUCAGGUGUUUUCGUGCGGCUUAAUUUCCUAAUAUUUGGAUUAACGUGUAAGGUUCCAAGCAUUGCAUUUUGUUGGUUUUAGAAGUGGGAUCAUUUUUCAGCCGACCAGUGUCUACUUGUGAAUGCGCUAAGCAGCAGGAUUAGUCUUGUUUAAAAGCUCGGAGUGCACGUCCCAUUUCUUACUCACGCCUAGGGCAUUCUGUACAUUCUUUCAUCUCAGAAGAAGAAGAUGCGAUCAUUGGAGCAAGAAGUUUAUUGGCCUGACGAUUCGGAUUCUCGCUCAAACGCAUCAUUAGAGACGGUUGCAAAUAAAGGUAGUGGAGGCACAAGGACUGCAUUAUUUAUAAUGCGUAGCUGCCGUGAGACUACACGCGUAUUAUAAUUAACAGCUCUCGUGAUCAAUACUGAGGAUCGUAAUUAAGGCGAUGAUGGAUCGUCAGUCCUCGACCGAGUCGUUAAUUGCCGCAAAUUCAUCAUCCGUGUUGGCUGUUGACGUGACGAUUACUCGGCCAUUUGGCCCCCUGUGACCAGGCUAGUUGAAAGCCCGCGUCCUCCCAACGUGACUGAUUCUCCUGUCCAGGUAAUGUCCCAGCACUGAAUGUGGUACGGGGAGGUCAUUGCGCUUGAACCCACAUCCUCGCAAGAGCGGACAACCGCGUGAGCCGCGAGCUGCUCGAAUCACGGUUGUCAGGCCCGCAAUCCAUCAACAAGCGCAAUGACCUCCCGGUGACACAUUCAGUGCUGGGACAUUCCCUGAGCAUGGGAAUCAGUCACGUGGGGAGGGACGUUUGCUGACCCGUUUUAGACUUUUUUGCUUACAAAUCUGCCCCACUGACAGUGUAUCUGGAUGUUCUAUGCAGUCCUCAUAAAAUUCGUUUUGCAGAUCGGUGACUUUGGUCUCUGUCGGCGGGAGGGCUCUCGAUAUCCUUGCGGAGAGAUGCCAGUGAAGUGGUCGGCGCCAGAGAUACUGGCGAACAAGGAAAACUACAGCACUAAAUCCGACAUCUGGUCUUAUGGCAUCCUUCUGUGGGAGGUAUACAGUCUCGGACACGUUCCCUUCUUUGACAUACCCAAUGAAAAACUGAGCGAAGCUUUGAAGAAGGCCUUCGAUGAGAACAGAUGUCCACUUGAGUUCCCGGAGAAUACUCCCGUAAACGUCCGGAGAGUGGCACUUGACUGUCUAAAGGCAGACCCCGCCAGUCGUCCAGAUUGCACAGACAUUAUUGCAAAGUUGGAGGCACCCCCUAUUCCUCCCCCUUUGCCUCCGAGAGAAUCCUUGCCUUCAAGACCUCCUUUUAGAUAUUCUACCAUUGUAUAA